GUUUUGAGCUAAAAUUGACACACAAUGAGGAGUCUCGAGCAGCCGCUCUAAAGCCUUCUGUAAAUAAACAGGACCUUCGUCAGGCCGGUGAACUAUGGAGAAUCAGUGCACGGUUCAGGUAAAGCUUGAGCUGGGUCACAGGGCCCAGCUGAGGAAGAAGGUGACUUCAGAAGGCUUCACUCAUGACUGGAUGGUGUUUGUCCGAGGCCCCGAGAACAGUGACAUUCAGCACUUUGUGGAUAAAGUUGUCUUCCGUCUGCACGAGAGCUUUCCUAAACCCAAGAGGGUGUGUAAGGAGCCCCCAUACAAGGUUGAGGAGUCAGGUUAUGCUGGCUUUCUGAUGCCCAUAGAGGUCUACUUCAAAAACAAGGAAGAGCCAAAGAAGGUGUGUUUCAAUUACGACCUCUUCCUCAACUUGGAGGGCAACCCACCUGUCAAUCACCUGCGCUGUGAAAAACUCACCUUCAAUAACCCCACCCGUGACUUCCGUCGCAAGCUGCUCAAGGCUGGAGGGGUCAUGGUGGUCCCAGAGGGGGCAGAGGUGGUCCCAAAACCCAGUCCAGAUUACCCCAUGCUUCCAACCAUCCCACUUUCUUUCUUUUCUGACCCUAAAAAGAGCAAGACAUCACAAGGUUCAAAGGAACCCAGUAAAGAGGGUAGCAAAGUUUCCAAAUCCCACAAAAUGUCCAAGGAGCAUCGAGAGCGGCCAAGGAAAGACUCUGAGAGCAAGACCUCAUCCAAGGGGGAUGUCGACCGGGAAAGCAGCAGCAGCAAAGGUGGCCGCGACCCUUCCUCAUCCUCCUCUUCCAAGAAAACAGAGAUCAAAGUGAAAGAUGAGAACAAAGUCCAGCCCAAAGCUGCUUUCAAGGAGCCCAAACUCACACUGAGGGAAUCCAAAAUGGAGGGCAUGUCUCCUAAAGGAGGGGGGGCGGGGUCAGGAGGUGGUGGAGGGGGAGCCAGUGAUGGAAAAGCCCCCAGUAAACGACCUUCCAAUGCAGAAUCACCUAAACCUAGCAUCAAGAAGCCAAAGAAGGGUACUGAGGGGUCAAAAAGCUCCAGCAGUGGGGGGUUCACCGGCACCUCCCCCCGGACAGCGUCCUCCUCCACGGCUGCCUCUGGCAUUGCAGAAAAGAAGGCCUCUAAAGAGAAGGGCCGCUGGGCCAAGGGCAAGUCAGAGGCACAAGAGGUCAAGGAGUCCAAGAAGCCUCGAGAAUCUGACAACUCCAACUCAGAGGAUGAGGCUUCCAUCAAGUCUGAGCAUUCUGCCCCCUCCAGCCCAUCUAAUUCCAGCUCCAGCUCAGAUUCCAGCUCCGACUCAGACUUUGAGCCAAACCAGAAACAAAGCCAAGGUCCACUGCGCUCUAUGGUCGAAGAUCUCCAGUCAGAAGAAUCUGAUGAUGAUGAUAGCAGCUCAGACGAAGAGACGCCAGUCAAGAACCACCUGACUAGUCGGGACUCAAGGCUGAGCCUAGACAGCGAGAGUGACUGCAGCGAUGGGCCACAGCGCCCCAAUCGAAACCCUCCCCCUCAGCCACAGAAACACAGCUCCACCAAUAACAAGGUGUUAGGCAGAAAGAGUCCAGACCCUUGCUUACGACAGGAGAAGGUCUUGAAGAAGGGAUACGACAAGGUAGGAAGGGCGUACACUGAAGAGUUGGUAGAUCUCCAUCGCAGGCUGAUGGCAUUAAGGGAGCGUAAUGUUCUACAACAGAUUGUGAACCUCAUUGAAGAGACCGGCCACUUUAAUGUCACCAACACAACCUUUGACUUUGACCUUUUCUCAUUGGAUGAAUCAACUGUCCGUAAAUUACAGAGCUACCUGGAGGCGACUGCCACAUGACAGGAAGUCAGACAAGGUUUGGGAAGUGGAGGACUGCCCUUUUUCACUUCUUCUUCUAGGAGUAGGCUUAAAGAUACAGCAGGUGAAAUUGACAAACAGGAAACAGGCAUACAAUCACAGAAGUACCGAGACAUAGAAGAAAAGGAGAAGAUAGUGAAAGUGGUUGAUGCACAGACAAUAUUUUGGGGCGCUAGAUGCACCUAUGGUGCUUCUCACAUCUGCAGCUGCUGACUUCCCAGGAAGACAAAAGUGGGCAUCUCUCCAUCUUCCUAUCCAAUGAACUUUAGCACUCCUCUCCUUCUCAAUAUUCUGUGGGACAGGAAAUUCUCUGCUUAUCGGGAUUUUGAGGCCCAUAUCUGAAUUGGAAAAUGUCUCUCUCUGUUGCCAUACGCACUGAUGCAUUGAGGGCCACAACCUUUAAUAUUUUAUUUUUCUACCAAUUUUUUUUAGGUAUUUUUGAUUAUGGUCGCAAUGAAAGCCCCGCACGCCAUGAAUGUAUCGCUUUUAAUCCUCUAGGGCUAGUCUUAGUGCCUUCAUCAUGCCAUCUCAUUUGUGCUCUUAGGGAUUACAUCAGUGUUAUCUUUCAUUCCGACUUUAGUAUAGGUGAGAUGCUGGGAUACCUGGCUAUUUUCUGGGAAAUUCCAGUUUGUAUGCUAAUAUGUAUCAUUUCUCAUUUAUGUGUUUGCCAAAUGGGCCUUUGAAUUCUUAAAUGUUGUGCAUUGCUAGUGCAGCUUGUGAAAGUAUUUGGAAAUCUGUGUUUAUCUCUGUUCUCUGUCAUUAAAUCUGGUUUAUAAAUAGACUUGAAAGAGAGAGACAAAAGAAAAGGAAAAGAUGGGUGAGGUGAUGAGCUGUUUUUUGCUCAGUCAUUGAGGUAAAUAAUGGGAAAUGGCCCCUGAAACAGCAGUCUGUAAAUUCACUGUGCUUCUGACUCGAAAUCUUUAUCUAUGCCCUGUGUGUCCAUUCUUAUGCUAAUAGCUUUAAGUGGUUUUGUGGCCUGAGCUAUAGACCUCAUGCCCUUUACUUCACCUUUUGAGAGUCUGGAAGUGUUUGUAUGUGCGAAUGUGUUUGGAUACUUGGGUAUAGCGGAGUGUAAGACGCUUUGUAUUGUCUGUUUUCAUGAGGUUUUUCAUAUGAAACUCUUAACAGGUUAUGACAAUAUUUGCAAAAUUGGAAAUUUUCAACUUUACACUGAUGAAUUUUUGAUUAAGCGAUGCAUUUGUUUUGUAGUGUGAGAAUGGCUGUCUUGUGUGUCUGUGAACUUUUAACCCCAACUCCUAGUUUGUGAACUUUAACCUUUGACCGGAUACUGCUUUGGGUCAGCCUGUCAUAAAAUGGGUGGGGCAAGAGGCCACAAGGGGGUGGGGUCAUUUGAACUUGAGUGGCAGCUCUGAAGAAACGCCCCAUUGAGCACACCAUGUUCUUUUAUUUUUCUUUAUUUUAUUUUUGAGGGGGUUAUUUUUUAAUUUAUGUACCUCUGCACUUUUGGAUUUGUUGACUCAAGUACUUAAGUAAUUGUCUAAACUGUAUUUUUAAGAAUUUUAUACAAUAUUUACAUGCAAUAUAUUAAUUUGUGUUAAUUUGUGUCUUGAAUUUUCAGUUUUUAAGGAUUAUUUAGUUUUUGUUUUCUCUGUAUCAUUACAUUAUACCAUCAUAGACUGAAAAACGAUCAUGAGAACUUGAAACUUACUUCAGGCCAAUUUGUGAGUUCAUUGCAGGGUGUGUUUGUAUAUCAAUUAUGAAUUACUACAAGGAGACAUCUAGCAUUGACAAACGGUCUGUUUUGUUGUAGUCCGCAGUACAGAACGUCGUUAUGAUCACUGCAAGAGACGAAGUGCAGAUUUGCGAAAAUAACAAGUAUAGACCUUCAUAGUAGCGCCUAUGAGUUUUGGCAGGAAUGAAAACUAGGCGGUGAGGGAUAGUAGGCUACAGUCUCUUCAAUGGGCUGUACUUAUGUUUAAUUUGGUGUUGAGCUUUCAGCAGAUGAAACAUGGAGUAAAAACAGGAGGCAAAAACUUCAUAAAAUACGAGAUGUGUAACUUGUGAGCGCAUACAUUUUACUGACAGUACGUCUAUCGCUCACAGCCUCGUUUUCAUUCCAGUUGAAGAUGGCACUACGUCUAUUUGAUUGUUUGUGAUUCAAAGUAAAUUCCUCUUGUUUUUGUGUUUUUUUUUUUUUUUUUUACAUGGGACGCAACAAAAUAACACUAAUGGAAGGGACAUACAUUUCAACUAUUCAAAAUACAUCGCAUAUACAUGUAUAAUAAACGGUAAAAAAGAUUAUCUUAUGUAAAGGAGGUGGAGGUAACAUGCCAACGGUUAAUAGUGUAUCAUUGUUAGAUACAGGUGAAGAGGUCUGUCUUUUGUCCGUCAGUGGUGUUUUUAUUUGUGUUUGUGAGCACGGAAGGACUCGCUGUAUUUAUCCGUGGGGAUUGGGGGUGUCUGGGGUUUUACAUGUCUGAUAACGUGGUAGAAAAUCCUUCCGUGAUCUGAACAGAAGAGUUACCUUUAGUAUGUGUUAAACUUGGCAUACAGUGCCACCGUGUGGUCAUUUGAUGCAAGUUGUAAUAAGGGCAAAAUAUCCUUUUUUAUGUUUUUUAUUGCAAAAUCAUAUUAUGAAUAAAGUCAAUUGAGU